UGUUGCGCUCAAGAACAUCGAAGCAACAUUAGCUUUGUCACAAUGAGUUCAGAGAUUGAACCUGGCUCGGGAAAUUCUGAUAACAACGUAAGCAUAUCCAGUGCAAUUGAAAAUGUAACUUCAGCAAAAAUCGAUCAAUACGACAUCAGAAUCAAAGCUUUGGAACAGAAACUGGAAGAACUUGAGAGAGAAAAAAAUAAAAAGUGCUCGCCAACGUCAUUUUUAGACACCUGGGACAUGGCAUCUUUAAUCAUGGAAAAAGCUCGCGAAACAGCAUUAAAUGUUCCAAAUGAUUCUCAAUGUCAAACAACAUGUCGACCAGGCAAGAAAGGCCCAGAAGGUUCAAAAGGUGAUAUCGGAUCACCAGGACAAAAUGGCGCCACGGGACGUCAGGGAGCUAAAGGAGAAGGUGGAACACCAUGUAAUUGCUCACGAUAUGAUGAGUUGGCACACAAAGUUCAAAUCCUCGAACAGAAAGCUCGAGAAUUACAACCCUUAGCAGAUGGUUGGCAUCGUGUUCACAGUUACCCAUAUUGGUACAAAUUGGUCAAAGUACCGUCAGACUAUCAAACUGCCAGGAAAAACUGCGAACGCAUGGGAGGCCGAUUAGCAGCAAACGGUAUUCGCAACCCAACUAUUCGCAGCGACCUUCUUGACACGUUCAUCAGAAGAACAGAAACUUCAAUCUGGAUAGGACUUGACGAUUUUGAGAAACAAAACUACUGGAAAUGGUCGGACGGAGUCUCAUCAACUUCUUCUAAUACACCAUGGAGUGAAGGAGAACCAAAUGGUCCAGCUGAAAGAUGUGCUUGCAUGUACAAGCCCCUUCAAUAUAAGUUGAUAGAUAUCCAUUGUAGUUAUCAAACAUUCUACCUUUGUGAGAAGUAAUUCAAAAAUUUCCUCAUGUUUUACUCAUAAUUGAUGAAUGUAAUAUUUGAAAAUUUGUGUCUAUGGUGAUCUUGAGUUUUCUGAGAAUGGCGCUUUUGAAUUUUGCACCUUCAUCUAUUCGUCUUGUCGGUUAAGUUUUUUAGUAAGU